AUGAUCCAUGAGUUCAAUCUGGCAUUGUUGGCAAAACAACUAUGGAGGCUGGUUCAAUUCCCAGACUCAUUGGUCGCUCGGGUCUUGAAGGGGAGAUACUACAAAUUAACCUCGCCGCUGAGAGUAAACUCGGCUACCUGCCCAUCUUAUGUGUGGACUAGCAUUUCUGCUGCAAGGAAGUUGUUAUUGCUGGGAAUCAGACAGAAGAUACACUCAGGUUAUGAAGUAAAGGUGUGGGAGGAUCCGUGGAUCCCAACGAUCCCAGCGAGGCCGGCUGUCCCUGUGGCACCAGUAAUGCAUCCUAACAUGAGAGUAAGCGAUCUCAUUGAUCAGAUAGGGAAGGAUUGGGAUGUUGGAUUAUUGGAGAAUUAUGUAAAUCCCAAGGACAUACCGCUUAUAAGGAGUUUGGCCAUAAGUUCAUCUCACCGGCGCGAUACUUUUUGCUGGAGCUACACAAGGAAUGGCCAAUACUCGGUUAAAUCUGGAUAUUGGGUGGCCCAGAAUCUAUUGAAGACGGCAGAAGCACAGGAGAUAUUGGAACCGAUUAUUACCAAGCUUCAAGCUUUUGCUUGGAAGUUAAAAGCGCCUACGAAAAUAUGUCAUCUUAUUUGGCAGUUAUUGACUGGGCAUGUUGCAGUAACAAGGAAUUUAGCAAGACUCACACAUGCUAUCAUUGAAUGCCCGCCAGCGCUACAAGCUUGGACCUUAUCGACAACCCCAACAAGCCCUGAGGUAUUUCCACUACCAAGUGUCUACGCCAAUAUGGACUACCUAUUCUGGAGAAAAAACUCUAUUAUUGAGCCGGAACAAGACAGAGAUCCUUUUCCCUGGAUAAUUUGGUAUAUCUGGAAAGCUAGGAAUGAUAAACUAUUCAAGGGGAUUGAUAGAGAUCCUUUGGAGUUAGUCCGCUAUGCAGAGAGUGAAUGUCAGGCCUGGUUUGCUGCGAACGAUGUGGCACAACCCAUGGUACAAGAGACUAAUAUAGAGAACCCUCAAGUCAUAAGCUUGGGUAAUAUUUGCUUGCUGGAUGGAUCUUGGACAACAUCUGCCAACUUCAGUGGACUUGGAUGGGUUUGGAUGGACAAUACGGGAAAUACUCAGCUCAUGGGGAUGAAGAAUCUUCCUCGACGUGAAUCAGCCUUGCAUUCGGAAGUAGAAGCGCUACGGUGGGCAAUGGAGAAUAUGCUACAGCACUCAACAUGCCAGCGCUUUGGGACGGAUUGUAAGGAGCUGAUCGCAAUGUUAGAUGAUCCUCAUGCGUGGCCUAGCUUUGCGACGGAAUUGGAGAGGAUAGAGACGCUACGGAUAUGCUUCCCGGAGUUUAGCAUCACUCAUGAAUCCCCUCUUAACCCUAGCCACAUUAUUGAACACGAAGAAGGCCAACGUCCUGUGAUAUGGGAUUACGAGAAUUGUGCAAUUCCACAAUAUAUAAAGUGA